AUGAUGAAUCCAACUUGUACCGGGACAUCUGUCAUAGCCCUGCAGUAUGAUCGAGGAGUUGUGUUAAUGACUGAUCGUGUGGUUUCGUACGGUAAAACCGCUCGAUACAAGAAUGUUUCUCGUCAAUACAAAGUGAACAACAGUAUUAUUGUUGCAUUCGGAGGGGAUCAUGCUGACUUCCAAUGGUUACAAAAUGUUAUUGAACGUCAGGUACUCACAUGGAAAAUGAUUGGCCAAGACCUUUCUCCGAAAGCUUUGCAUGGGUACUUAACAAGCCUAAUGUAUGCUCGCCGUACAAGAAUGAAUCCAUUAUGGAAUACGCUGAUUGUGGCUGGCAUAGAAGAUGAAGAGAAAAACAACAAAGAAACAAGCACCCCCUCAUCAAAGAGCCGAUCUGACCCAAUGAAGUCAAAAUUCAAAUGUCUUGACCCAAUGGUCCAAAUGUGGAUGAGCAGUAGGAGCGACGCCCGAAAACAAACAUCUUGA